UAAGGGGCUGUUUAAUGGUGGUAUCGAUGUUCAGGCUCUAGUUCCCAGGGAGGUGGGAGGGUCCCAGAGCUCGAGCUGCAGCCUCAGCCUGGACAUCUACACUGCAAUUAAACAGCCCUGUACCCUGAGCCUCACCAACCCAACUCAGCUGGUCUGGUGCAGCUGUGGGCUUUUAAUUGCAGUGUAGACACCUUUUAGGGCCUGACUCUCCCCUCACCUGCAUCUUGUCACUGUUUACAUCUGUGCAAAGUGGGUGUGAAACAUAAUUCUGAUUUCCUAAUGUUUUACACUUACUUUACACCUAGGGUGACCAGCUGUCCUGAUUUUUAGGCUCCUAUUACCCUUCCACCUCAUCCUGAUUUUUCACAUUUGCUGUCAGGUCACCCUACUUACACCUGAGCAAAGGAGUGUAAAACCCUGGCAGAUGAGACUGGAGCACCCACCUAAGUGCAAAUAACUACACUACACGUGAGGCAGUAGAGAAGCAGGCCCUCUGCCUAUAAAAUCUGGUGCAGUGAAUCACAUUAUUUCUGAGAUGAGAAGUGGAAGAACUGCAUUGAAUGUGGUUUUUCAGCAUCAGAGAUGUGGAGCCCAGAACUGCUGCAGAGCAGGUGUGCAACGGACCACAAUAUCGACAACACAACCGAGAUCCUGUGGGAAUGGCUUACGGCCAUGGAGAAACACUAUCGCUACAUUGAGUGGAAGUCAGUGGAGGAGCCCAGCUCUUACCCCGAUGAACUUGGCCCCAAGCACUGGACAGACGAACGCUAUGAACAUGUCAUGAGGCUCAAGCAGGAAGCUCUGAGCUUCGCCCGGGCCAAGGGGGCUGAUUAUCUCCUGCUCACCGAUACAGACAGCAUCCUGACCAACAAUCGGACCCUGACGUUCCUGAUCUCGCAGAACAAGUCUGUGAUCGCCCCCAUGCUGGACUCCCAGACAUAUUACUCCAACUUCUGGUGUGGGAUAACCCCUCAGGGUUACUACCGCAGGACGGCAGACUAUUUCCCCACCAAGAACCGCCAGCGCGUGGGCUGCUUCGCCGUCCCCAUGGUGUACGCCACCUUCCUGCUUGACCUGCGAAAAGAGGGGACCUCUGAGCUCGCCUUCCACCCACCCCACCCCAACUACACCUGGCCCUUCGACGACAUCAUCGUCUUCGCCUACUCCUGCCAAGCAGCGGGAGUCCAGAUCUACGUGUGUAACCAGGAGCGGUUUGGUUACAUCAAUGUCCCGGUGAAGUCCCAUCAGACGCUAGAGGACGAACGAAUCAACUUUGUGCACCUCAUCCUGGAAGCAAUGGUGGAUGGCCCCCCGAUGUACCCCUCUGAGCACGUUUCCCUCAGCCCCAAGCACCUCGGUAAAAUGGGCUUUGAUGAGAUUUUCCUGAUUAACCUGGUGCGGCGGCCAGACCGGCGCCAGCGGAUGCUGAGUUCUCUGUAUGAGCUGGAGAUAGACCCCCUGGUGGUGGACGCUGUGGAUGGGAGCGCCCUGAACAGCAGUGACAUUAAGAUCCUGGGUGUGGAUCUGCUCCCAGGAUACUAUGACCCGUUCUCUGGCAGGACGCUCACCAAGGGGGAGGUCGGUUGCUUCCUCAGCCAUUAUUACAUCUGGAAAGAGAUCGUGGCGCGGGGGCUGGAGAAGUCGGUGGUGUUUGAGGAUGACGUGCGCUUCGAGGCCUAUUUCAAGGUGCGGCUGACGCGGCUGAUGGAGGAGCUGGAGUGGGCACAGCUGGACUGGGACCUGAUCUACCUGGGCAGGAAGCAGGUGAACUCGGACGACGAGGAGCCGGUGGAGGACGUGCGGAACCUGGUGGUGGCUGAAUAUUCCUACUGGACCCUGGCCUACAUCAUCUCCCAGCGGGGGGCCCAGAAGCUGAUCGCGGCCGAGCCCUUGUCCAAAAUGCUGCCGGUGGACGAGUUUCUGCCCAUCAUGUCGGACAAGCACCCAAACGAGGAUUACAAGCAGCAUUUUGCUAACCGAGACCUGCUGGUGUAUUCGGUGCACCCCCUGCUGGCUUACCCCACUCACUACACUGGGGACUCCAAGUGGCUCAGCGACACGGAGACUUCGACCAUCUGGGAUGACGACUCCAAGAAGACGGACUGGAGCGGCUCGCAGAAAACACUGAAGGGUUCCCGAAGCAACGCUGGCCAUUCCUUCCGCUCCACCUCCCGAGAUGAGCUCUAACAUCGGGCUGUGGUGCUUCCCGUUCCUCAAGCGUGACAAAGGAGGAUCACAAUGGGUCACUCUGCUCAGCUGCAGAUUCGACUGGUUCCUGGCUGAGAGAUGCAGCUGUGUUUGCUUGACCAAAGGGGGGGUGUUUAACCUGGGCCCAUAAUCAUCACUCACUGAAAUAGACCGUAUGCAGGGUUUGCACCAAGGAACCUGCUUGACUAUCUGGACACCUCCGCUAGAUGGUGGAGCUUUUGGUCUCAUCCUUUGCAACCUACUACUUCUCCUUCCCCAUCUCUAGUGGUGCCUCUCCCUGAAAGGACAGAACCAUUUGGAAAUGUACGAGGCUCGGUAACCUUCCAGAUAUUGACUUGCUCAGUAUUUUCAGAUUGAGCUCAUUCCUGCAGGGACGCAGGAGCCCACUCAUCUGAGAUCUGCCAGGCCAUAGGGCCAGGGGUGUGUGUUAGGGCCGAGGGCUCUUGCUGUAUAUUGAUUCUUUUGUAAUACUUGUUUGGAUGUUGUCUUAUUUGAUCAGCUCAUCCUUCUGCUCCAUGGAAUCAAAGCUCUUUCUCUUCUCCACCCCAAGUUGGAGCCGAUGACCACGCUGGGGGCCUUUCUGAAAAGGGGAGGGCAUCUAGACAUGAGGCUUAAGAAAUGCCCCAGAUAGACUUCCAGAGCUGUAGCAUUCAAAUCCAGUGCAGGGCAGAAGUAAUGCAAAGAUCUGCCCAGCUGGCUGCAGGUUGGGGUUCUCUCUGCAUUAGGCCAGGCUGCCUGCUGCGUUUUCCCUCCCAUGUAGUAUGGUUUAACUGAAAUAAGCAAGCCCUCUGGAGGAUUAAACUGGACUCUAUUUAAGCCAACUCACCCAUAUUUUGUCACCAUCUUCUUGUUCUCUAUAGCCCCUCUAGUGUUCUCUAGUGUCUAUUGCAUUUGUUCGCUUUGCUCUGGGUUACUAGCAUGUGUACGGGAGUCUGCAAUGCCCAGAUCGCCUCCUUUCCUCCAUGUGCAGUGCACUGACAGUGCCCAGGGAUCCCCUCUCAGUGCCACUCAGGAGGGGGAAAUAAGCUAUACCACUAUAGGACACCUUUACCAGUUAUAUCGGUACCUGGUAUAGAAAAGCCACACCCUUAACUGACUAGUUAUUAUGGUCCAAAACCCAUGUGUGAACUGGGUGGUAGUGGGAGCAGAGCGCUGCGGGGUGGACUCAGUGUGAGAUCCAGGGUAUAUGGGAUACGGUCUGGGAUGUGUUGGUGCUACAGGUUUCUCACACCGUGACAACACUCAAGCUCAAGAUUUGCGUGGAAGAGCAGCCUGGGUGUUGGCUCUCUGUGUCUGGAGGGAGGGUACUGCCUGCCUUCCACUCUGUGAAUUUACCAUGUGUGUUGGAGCUUCCAUCACUGAUUAUUGCUAGAACAUGAAGCCUGGCUUCGCGUCUCAAACAGGCGACUGAAAGGUAGGCAGGGCCUAGCUCUGCCACUGGCCAGGUGACCGUGGGCAGAUCACGUCACCUGUCUCUGUGCCUCACUGUCCUCAGCUGUUGAAUGAGGGAGGUGAGCCUUCCCUCCUCCAGCACUGGGAGGGUUAAUUAGUUUAAUUUCUGCCAAGGGCUUUGAAGAUACCCUGGGAGGAGGGAGCUCCGCCUGCUCCAGUGAUGUGUAUCUUAGAACUUGUUCCGGUUCUGUGCCUUCUGGAUAGUUGAAUCUGAGUCUUAGCUGCAGAGGGAGGGAUUCUCGCAUCUGUUGGGCUGCUCUGACAUGCCAGAGUGCAUGCUGGCUUGUGAAGACUUGGGUGGAAUGUCCUUCUCCCUGCAUCACUGUCAGGAGGCGGAGACCAUGCUGGCCUGCCCUGUGGUUGUUACAGAGAUGGGGCCUGGUUCAGCCCCACCUUCCCCGCUGUGUAGUCACUGAAAUGGGAGCAGAGUGGGUGUAAAACUCUCCUGCUCACCGGGUGACAUUUCACAGCUGCUUUGCACAGGUGUGAAUAAUACCAGGUGCAAGAUGCAGAGGGUAAGACUCUUGGCUUCAGAAGAGCUGUUCUAAGUGACCCUGCGGCCUGGGCAUUCCUGUACAGAAACCGAUCGCUCCCUCAGUAACUGGGAGAGAUCUGCUUGUAGACAUUGGAAAUGAGCCCUGACUUUCCUCCGUUUA